GUUUAUGACACGUAUUAUUGGCCUUGUACACAAAGCAGUGGUUGUUGCUGGCAUGCUAAGAAUGCUCGACACCUUCAGCCAGGCUCUCCAGUCCAAGCCAAAGUAAUCAAAGAGCCACACUGGCCAAUCCCUAAAGGCUUGACAAGGCAAACAUACAGUGUAACAGGGAACAGAGAAAUGAAGCUGAGCCCAAGUGGUUUCGAUCUCAAAAAAUCCAGGUGUCGUGUCACGGGGAGCAGUCGGAGCUUGAACAAACGCCAGAGCACCGACCUGUUCCCUCUGAGCCACAAGGAGACCUUGAAAGAUCUGAAUCAUCGCCUGGCUGCUUAUCUGGAGAGGGUGAGCCUGCUGGAGGAGUCCAAUCGAGAUUUUGAGCUCAAGAUUCAAGGUCUCGGUGAGAAAAGGGCAAACGCCAGUCAUGAUACAAGUCGGUAUAAGAAGGUCAUCGCCGAGAUGGAGACCCAGAUAAACAAGCUAAAAACUGAAAAUGCUGAACUUUCUUUGGAGGUUGAAAAUACCAAACUGACUGCAGACAACUUCAAAUCUAAGUAUGAAACAGAACUCUCCUUGCAUCAGUUAAUAACUGCCGAUAUGAAGGAAGUGAAGGCAACUGGCAGUCAUCUACGGAUAGAGACAGAUUGCCUUAAGGUGGAGUUACAGAUGCUAACUGAAGAGUUAAGUUCCCUUAAGAAAGACCACCAGGAGGAUUUAGUGAAACUCCAAGAGGACCAGUCUAAAUGUCAGGUGAAAGUGGCAGUCAACAGUCAACCAGCAAAUGACCUCACGAAAGCACUGGAGAAGAUGAGAGAGCGUUACAAAGCGAUUGUAUGUGAUUCUUACAAGAAAACAGAACCGUGGCUUGUUUCUAAGGUCAGACAAUGCAAUUAUCAAAAUACAAUAAACCUUGAACCUCUGCAAGGCCAGGUGAGGAAAGUGACUCUACUGAGAAGGAACAUACAGAACCUGGAAGCUGAGCUGGAAAACGUACAUAAACUGAAAGCUUCUCGAACAGCAACUCUCGUUGAGACUGAGGAACACUAUGCAAGUCAGCUACGGAGAAUCCAAUGCAUCAUAUCGAGGAGAGAAGAUGAACUUGCAAAGACGAGGACAGAUUUUCAGCAAAUGUCUGCUGAUGGUGGGAUAUUGCAUUACCUCAAGGACCUUCUGGAGAUGGAAAUAAACAAAUAUGGGCACCUCAUGGAUGAGGAAGAGAUCAAGUUGGAAGAUGUGAUGUGUGACGCCUCUAAUGGACCUCUAAGAACUUCAAAAUCAAAGCAAAAGGCCAUGUCUGUCAUCAGCAAAUCACCGUUCAUCUGGUAGAGGUUAUUGAUAAGUACAGUAGGGGUCUGGCUGUGCUUCAGAAGUUACUGAAGAAGAGAAUCCACUGAUAUGACCACUGAUAUUCCACCAGUCAACUGGAAACAAAUAUACUAAUUGUAACAUCUACUAUAAGAGAUCUAUGGACUUAUUCAUGAGUGCAAGUGUGACCUGCAAAAAUGGACACAAAGUUAUUUACCUAGCAAUAGAGUCCUGCACGGGUCCAAUCAGAAGGACCCGUGACCGCCUGGAUCCGCUGACCCCUACCUGCCAUUAGGGUCGCCACCUUUUCUGGAAUAAAAUACCGGCCUUCCUAUAUAUUUAUCAUUUUUCCCUAUUAGUAACAUUGGGAUCAACCAUAAUUUUCACCUGCCUUGUGGCAACCCUAACUGCCCUUUCAAUACAUUCCCCUACCAGAGCCGCUACCCAGCCCAGACCCUACACCUUCCGACCCUGGGACCUCAAAAUAGGAAGAGACGUUACCGUAGACAGGAAGUGACAUCACUCCAGCGCCUAUUUGGCAGGAAAGGGACUAAAAUUUUCUCUUCAGUUGGAGGACCAAGAUCCACACCUUAGCAGGGUACCCAGGAAUCAGGAUUUUCUGACGGAAACCCACCUCUUUGCAUGUAUUCCGCGGGUACCCUACCUGAUGCAGGACCUACCAACACAAUUCAGGAUACUUGCGCCCCUACAAACUCCUGGCUCAGAAAGUGCACUUAGCACCUUGUAUUGUGCAGGUCAUUGAGCCCUGAGGCCAUUCAACUGUUGUGUCUUUUUUAAGCUCAAUUUCUUUGCUUGUUUUUUUGUAUAUAUCAUUUUAAAAUAUUUUAUGUAAUUUUGUUCAUUUGAAACACAUUUUAUCAUUAUCAUUUGCAUAAAUAGUGCUUUGUUUCUGGUGGGUUAGUUCUAAACUUUCCUUCUGUAUAUUUUUAUGGCAU